CCACCUUAGGCGCAUUCGCUUACACCAACUUCCACUUGACUGCACGCCUCCGUCCCGGUUGCAUUUGGCCUUGCAGGGAGUGCUCUUUGAGCUUUCAUCAUUUCUUUUGUUUACUCUCAAAACAACGCGGGUUAACUUUGAUCACUCGUUAAGUACCAUGCCGCCAACUAUACCCUCUCGCGGCGGUCCCUCGGGACUGAAGCACCGCCACUCAGUGAGCGGUAAGUCCGUCUUGAGCGGCGCGAGUGGGAAGGGCAAGGGCCAGGGCGGCGUGGGCAUCAAGCGCCACAGAAAAAUCAUCAAAGAUACUAUUCGCGGCAUCACCAAGCCUGCUAUUCGACGUCUAGCCCGUCGUGGCGGUGUCAAGCGUAUCUCUGCCGGCAUAUACGAUGAAAUCAGGGCAGCACUGAAGGAAAGACUUCAGAUGAUCCUGCGCGACUGUGUCACGUACACAGAGCACAGGCACGCGAAGACGGUCACCGUAACGGACGUGAUUUUCGCCCUUCGUCGCAUUGGCAAACCCAUCUACGGCUUUGACCCCGAGACGUGGGAGCCUCCUGCGCGCGGCGCCCACCGUCGCGCCCUCGCCCAGGGUGGCGAACAAGGUCGCAGCGGUACUCGCGGCGGCGAUAACGACGAUUCGGACUAGAGUACCCCGAAGUCAACCUACGACAACUACCUGGCCCAAAAUGAUCCCCAGGUUAUGGCGAAUAUGUCAGCAAAGGCGGCGGCUACGGCAGAUGCGACGAUGUCGGGGUUUUCGUAUUCAAAUCAUGCGCCUUUAGCCGCACCAGCCCCUGCUAUGGUGCCUGUGCUUGCAAGAGGAUUUAUACCGAUCAACAUCAACCAUCACAUGCCACCCGAUCGACAGUAUAAAGCAUAAAUUCGCACUACCUCACGAUCUCUCGGCUGUCCCAGGCGGUCACUACUCGUCAGUUACAUAUGUCACCCCCUACAUACACAAAAUGAAGGAAUGGUGUAUUCGCGAUGAUACCCCAGUUGCUUUGGUUAAACCCGGGUUCAGAAAUGUUCCAAAUUGGGGAAAAGACGGAGGAGGCUUUCUCAUGACGAAUUUUGCGUGUGUUUUGCUCUUUUGUGGACGGAUGGAUUCUUCAUAUCAUAAUGAGGCGUUUGUGGGUCAGGCAUUUGUCUAUGGCUUAUAGGGAAUUCACGAAUGCACUGGGAUAGAAGGUAUGCAUCGUUGUUUCUUUUUUUUCUUUUUUAUAAGAACGGUGAUGGGGCUGUGACGAUCAGGUUUCCAAGUAUAUAAGGGUUGUAUGGACAAAGGUCGAUUGGUAGAGUCAAUUGUUUGUCAUUGUUGGGCUGGAUGAUUGUUAAAUAAAUUAUCUGAUGUCUGAUGGAGGUUUGGUCUACGUCUUACUGCUGCAGCGAUGCCUUCGAAUGGAGAUACUCUUCGUUUAUG